AUGGUCUCGUUCACCCGCUCGAUUGCAGUUGCUGCCAUUGCGACGAUCUCGUCCGCUUGGGCUCUCCAGGAGGGCGAAUACUACCGUCCGACGACCAGCGAGGCUUCGGGUGUGUACGGCACCACUGCCCCCUACCGUCGCGCGCCGUGCCCCGCGCUCAACACGCUCGCCAACCACGGCUACUUGCCCCGCAACGGACAGAACAUCACGCACGACAUGCUGAGCAGUGCGCUCCAGAAGGUGUACAACAUCGGCCCGGGAGUGGCGGCGCUUCUGGUUGCUGCGCUGCCGGACCCGAUCAACCUGGACUACCUCGGCAUCCACAACAAGAUUGAGCACGACGCGUCGCUCGCCCACACGGACGCUUACUACGUCCACGACCCCAUGACGGCCAAUGUGACCCUUGCCGAGGAGUUCUUCAGCCGCGCCGGCAGCGACGGACUUCUCACCAACAGCAUCGUGGCCAAGACGCGCAAGGACCGCGGCAACACUUGCAACGCGCAGAACCCAGAGUGCUCGUAUGGUGUCCAGGCUCAGUCCCUCGCGUUCCUCGAAGCGUCUGUGCUGUUGAUGGCUCUCGGCUCUGGUGACAGCAUUUCGGUCGACCACGCGCGCUCAUUCAUCGUUGACGAGAAGAUCCCCGCCGACUACAAGGCCCCCAAGUCGAGUGUUGGCGUUGCCGCAGUGACUGCUCGAGCCGCACUUCUCAAGGCACAGUCUCUUACUUGGGCGAUGUAG